AUGGAGGAACGCAAUCAUACAACCGUGACCCAAGUUACUGAAUUUAUUCUCCUCGGGAUCACAGACCAGCCUGCACUUCAAGCACCACUCUUUGGGAUCUUCCUCAUCAUAUAUUUGAUCACAGUAGUGGGCAAUCUUGGCAUAGUCAUCUUGACCCAUUUGGAUGCCAAGUUAAAUACCCCAAUGUACUUUUUCCUUAGACAUUUAUCAAUUACUGAUCUUGGAUACUCCACUGUUAUUGGUCCAAAAAUGAUGGUGAACUUUGUAGUGCACAAAAAUACAAUUUCCUACAACUGGUGUGCCACCCAGCUUGCAUUCUUUGAGAUUUUCAUCAUCACUGAACUAUUUAUCCUAUCAGCAAUGGCCUAUGAUCGUUACGUAGCCAUCUGCAAACCCCUUCUCUAUGUGGUUAUCAUGGGGGAGAAAGUACGCUGGGUGCUGGUGAUUACACCCUAUCUCUACAGUACGUUCGUGUCACUACUUCUGACAAUUAAGUUAUUCACAUUGUCUUUCUGUGGCUCUAACAUCAUCAGUUAUUUCUACUGUGACUGUCUCCCUCUGAUUUCCAUGCUCUGUUCUGACACACACGAAUUAGAGUUAAUCAUUUUAAUCUUUUCAGGCUGUAAUUUGCUCUCUUCCCUCUCAAUUGUUCUUGUAUCCUAUAUGUUUAUUCUUGUGGCCAUUCUCAGAAUGAACUCAACUGAAGGCAGGUAUAAAGCCUUCUCCACAUGUAGUUCUCAUCUGACAGUGGUAGUUGUGUUUUAUGGGACAUUACUGUUUAUUUACCUGCAACCCAAAUCCAGUCAUACUUUUUCUAUCGAUAAAAUGGCCUCUGUCUUUUAUACUCUGGUAAUCCCCAUGCUGAAUCCAUUGAUUUACAGCUUAAGGAACAAAGAAGUAAAAGAUUCUCUAAAAAGAGCUUUAACUAAUCAAUUGAAAAUUCUGACUUAA